AUGGACUUUGAAUGCCUUGAUGCAAAGCUUAAGGAUAGGCACGGCCUUGAAGUAGGACUUUUGUCCACUGAAGAGUAUAAGGAAAUGGUCAAGCCGGUGUAUGACUAUAUUCGGCAGAAUCAUCCAUAUGUAACGGUGUUUCUAUUGAAUGGAGAUGGAAUACUGUGCCCUUUAAAGAUAGAGGCGUUUGAGAUGUUUGUUCUUUUGGGCGUAUGCUGCACAUUCCACCCGUUCAGUGACUUUAUAAGUGUGUCUCAGUCGCUCUCUGCUGAGGAAAUGCAUAUGAUUGAGAAGGACAAGCGAAAAAAGGUCUAUGACUCGAGAUAUACUAAAUGCAUAAAUACAGAUGGAAAGGAUGGCAUGCUGGUAAUCUCAAACAAUCAGAUGUUUUUUGACUACUAUUCAUAUAGAUAUGGGGCAGAGUCAUUUCAUGGGCUAGAGGUAAAAGACAGAAUGCAGUAUUUGUCAUCAAAGUGCAAUAAAGGAGAACGAAUACUGAGCUUUGGCAUAAUUGCAAUUGUGUUUACAUCAAGUGUUUAUCAUGACUUGGCGAGAGACAUACGAAGUGCAUUGGCCUCAAGAGGAAAGAAUGCGUACCUUCUUUUUCUUCGAGAUGUUUCAUAUGAACGACUGAUAUCUGUAGAUGGAGUGGAGUGUAUUGUGCUUGUUGACUGUCCAUUCUUCGAGUAUUGUGGGCCAGAGAUCCACGUUCCUGUAGUUACUCCCUUUGAGGUACAAUAUGCAUUGUCUGGAGAGUGGAGGGACUUUGACAAGAAUUUGUUUUGCCAUCAAGAUUUAGCACAUGGCGGCCCUUCAACCAGCAAAUAUAUGCCAUGCAGUGGUAGAGCACUUGAAAGAAUUGAUAUAACCGGAAAGGCAUUGCUGAGGUUGAAAGAUCAGAAUGUUCCUUUUUCAUAUGAGCGUGAGGAUGACAAGAGUGUGCACAUGGGGCAGAGUGGAAUUGCAGGGCAUUAUAAUGAAGAAGGGCAAUGA